AUGGUAAAUUAUGGGUCCUCAGCUGAACAGAUACUGCUUACUCUUGUUGGUGAGCAUGAGAUGCUCUCGGGCAAGGAAAAUAAAAUGCUUUUUUACUUUGUUUUGGUGGCCAUGCCAUGUGUGCAGGUAAUGUUGUACCAUAUGACCAAUUUCCUGUUUAUAACUAUACGAUAGGCCAUUUUGACUAUGGCGUAAUUUUACUACUACGCCAAGAAUCCUAUCCUUUUUUCUUUUUAUUUAAAUUUAUAAUCAAAGCGAAGUUAAAAUAACAAAAUCCCUUUUUUGUACAGGAAAGUUGCUAGGAAAAUGGCGUCAUCGUGCAAAUAGCCUAUUGCAAAAGCACAUAUGUACAUUUUUCCUACAUUUGACCAUCCCAAGCCAUAACUGAGCUAUUGCUCUGUAUAUUGAUCAACUUACUUUGAGCAACGUAACACAUAUCGCUUGGUCGCUUGGAUAUAAAAUUCUGUUUUGUGGCUCGUUGGUGGUUGUCACUCGCCUACCCGGGCUACUAUGGGUGAGCCAACUUCUUCUGCAUUUCCUUACAAAACUUAGCGAGUCGUGUACAAGAUCGAAGCAAUCUCCGGUCAAGGCGAGAAAGAGCAAGCGCUGUUUUCAGCUCUUAGCUCGGGCAGUGGGGUCAACCCUUUUUUACUGAUAUAAACGCCCGCCGAAGGUGAUUCGGCUGGUUACAUGUUUUAGAAUUUUAUUCAGCAGCCAGAUGAACUGCAAGCGGAGCUAUCCGUGGCUCCGGCUUACGAGUAAAGCGAGAAAUAAGUGAAAUGAAACUAGGACAGCAACUCAUACAGCGAUCACGCAUUUGUCGAAUUUGAUCCAUGGAAUCUACCAGGAGCGAUAAAAUACACGAACAGAAACUGAGGCUCAUCACAUAUGGCAGGGAAAAGAGAACCAUAUAUAAUAUAAGAAGCAAUUUCGACAUUUUUUCUACAUCUGUUUCUCUCGAAAACUUUUUCAAAGGCACAUAGUCGCCAAAACCGAUCGUACUCAAAGUUAUGAACCACGCGUAAAAACUCUCUAAGAAACUCCAGUUUGCAGUAAAGGAGGUUGACAAACUCGCCAGCAUGACAUGCUGGAAAACAAUUAUGUAACCCGACACACAGAUUGUAUUCAAUUUCACAUGCCUUGGCUCGGUCCUAUUGAGAAGAAUGGUUUCAGUUUUGAUAACCAGGGAUCUGACGCCGAUGGCUAAUAGUUCUCACAGUGACUUCAUGGCAAGCAUGGUCAUAGGAAUGCCGAUGGUGCAAAAGAUGAUUGUUACACCUUGACCGAGGGCGCUUUCCAUUUAGGAAAAAAACCCGGAAAUUUGGGUGGUAGCAAAAGUGGAAUUUCCGAUUGGUAAAAAGUUGUUCCAUUUGGUCGUAAACCCCGGUACGUGGCGUUUCCCGACCGUGGACCUGGAACUGGUACAAACUACGAGAAACGUAAAUGGAACACGACAUUCCGUUCGGAAAUUCCAACCGGGAAAACGGGACCACCUUUUUAGAUUUUCCACUUUUUCUGGGAAUUUUCCAGUGGGACGAACCGACGAAACGUGUUCCAUUUACCGCCGAACCGGAAAUUCCGGAAAUUUUGACUAAAUGGAAAGCGCCCCGAGUCUCGUUUUGGGUGUUAUACUUCCAUAACCUGAAAAUGCAGAAUUCAGGAGUUGCUACUACUUGAUUUAAACUAAUUAUUAGGUUGCAUAUUACCAGUAAAUAUAUAUAUAUAAUUUGGGCAAAGUGGAGUUUAUAUAAUAAUAAUAAUAAUAAUAAUAAUAAUAAUAAUAAUAACAAAAAAAGAUGCUGCAGACAGUGUCCGAUUUUGAAUGAAUCUUUGAAAUCACGGAGUGAAACGUUUUAUAAUCAUUACAAAAUGAUUUUUCCAUCCCCACUGUGCAUUUAAUCACAUUUCAGUUACUGUUUUGAAACCUUCAUCGUUGACGGUACCUUACAAUAAUUAGUAUUUUUCUCUUUACUAAAAAAAGCUGGCAGAGAGAAAUAACUUCCAUGCGUUAUCUGUGGUUUACCUAUCGUGGUACGAGUAGCGAGAACGAAAUUGCAGCUGUUGAAAAAAUUGCAGUCCAGUUCUUCUUUCGCCUUCAUUGCUUCAGCGGCUAUUUUGACAAAACUAUUAAAUUCAUCGUCUGUCAUGUUAUAUUGAAAUUCUACUUCAUUUCUUAGGUCCUUUAGCAUCCUUUCCAUUCGUUGGUGUGCUGUUUCGUCCAAUUUCUCGAUCAUGGUAAAAAUCCAGGCUAUAAACAAGGCAUACAGGUAUAAUAUGAGGAUCUGCAUAAUUGCCUUGCAGAGAAGACGACGCAUUUUGCUAUAAAAAGGGAAUUGGUAGUAAGACAAAAUUACUUAAUAUGUUACGCAAUUAGACGGAAUAAAUAAAUGAAUAAAAAGGAAAAAAAUAGUGAAUUUACACACUUACCUGGUAAUACUUACAAAUAUUAAACUAGAUUACAGCAGUGUUAAUUCCAUUUAGUAUAUACACACUCAGUGAUCUUAGUAAUUCAAGCAAUCUGAUUGGUUAGCUAUUUCGCACUAUGACGUUAUAUUCACCGCGCUAGGCGGUGAAUAUAAAGCAGAACAAAAUCGCUGUCGUGAACUGGGUGUUUUGCCAAAGUUUCAUAGUAAAGUUUUUUUUGAAAAUACACGAAUAUCCAAGUGCCGAUGACUUUGAAAGCAAGAAAAGACUUCAUGGUGUUUAAACAGCGUGAUUUAUUAUGAAGUGGUUUACUGUUGAUGACUUUUUGUACGCUCGAAGCUAUGUUUACCAUUACAGAGGAAAACGAGGUCGCUUUGUCACUGUUUUGUGAUUUCGGGAUUUUCUCGCAAGACCAAUUUUUCUUAUAAAUAGAAGUUAAUUUAUGGAGAAAAGAGGAAGGCAAAUAUUUUCGAAAAUUGUACAUACCAGCAAGUUAACAAGGCAAAGAACAUUGGAGAUAAACAACGCUCACCUUGUUCGUAGCCGCUGUUGACAGCAUUUGUAAGAAGCUACAAAGAAAACUUUCUCAUUCACGGUGAGUUUUUGGAGUUAGGAAACAAGACUCAGCGAGGAAAAGAAAUGUUUCCAUUUUUUAUAUUGCUCGGUGUCUUAUUUUCCAAUUGGUAUAUAUGUCUCAGAUAAAACAAGAAAAAAUUGUUGUGAAUUGGGAAACAUUCUUUUUCAGCAGAGAUGAUAUCAAUGUGGGCCCUAAUGAAUGAGAAUUUUAAAUAAGAAUGUAACAAAAUAUGGAAGUGCAGAUGCAAGAAAAAUACUGUAAAAAAAGUCUUUGGCAUCUCUUUGUAUUGAGAUAACGAUUUGCACAGCUAUGCUGAGUCGUGAAGUCCAUCAGUUUAGGUUUUUGCUCCUUUGGUAUAAAAUGGAUUUCUUUCGAAAUUCAAUUGACAAAGCCAGAAAAAACAACAUGAAUGGAAUACACUGUUCCUCGUCAUAGCAUCAUGGCUGACUUGCUGAUCAUGAAAAAUAUGAAAAAGUUUGCACCUUCACUUACGAGUCCUUUCAAGAACUUGGAACUUUUGUCUUUGGCUUUGGUGAAGAUUUCGAACGGAUAACGCAGUUUUUAUUAUUGAAAAAAGCUAAAGCCGGUCUCCUGCUGUUCACCAAAUAGCAGCGCUAUAUUCAGAAAAUCUGCACCGCAUAUUCUCUAGAAUUAUUGUCCGCUAUGGAUUGCUAGGGACUGUUAUCGAGUUUUGACAAUCGAUAAAACUGGACUUCGAUUUUUAUUGAUAAAUGGAUCCGGAUAACAAUUGGCGAAUGAUAUCGACUGAUACCGACUACCCGUUUGUUAUAUCGAUUUAUAUUGAUUGACUUCGUCUAGUAUAUAAACACCAAUGAAAUACCAAACUACGAGGGCACCCAACAACCGAAUGUUUCCAAAAACGUGCCAGAAGUCACGUGUCUUACAAUUAAUAGUUUUCUCUACAUUUUAUAACAUUGUUUGGUUAACUGUGGUGCUACACGAAACUAAGUUCGCGUUCAAUAUUCUUGUGGUUUUUUUGGUGUGUGUGCGUGUGUGUUCUAUUAGAAAUAAAAUGCUGGUUUUUGAUGUUUUGGCUCAUUAACCGCUUCAAACAGCUCAUGCAGGCCUUAGUUAAAAUGACGAAAGUCACUCGAUGGGUUCCUUUCCUUCCACAGUGAUCGUACCGCGAAUUUUGCCCUUUAAGUGCUCGCGAAUUUAAAGUCUCUCAAGAAAUUUGUUAACAUGCCAAAUAACAAUGGCGGUCUUUAUACAACUUCACUUUAAAAGAAAAACGUAAGAGAUCUGAUUACAAGAUGUUCUUAUAUACAGAAAAAAAAUCUUCUUUUUCCUGUAUACUUGAUAGCCGCAAAGCACGUUUCUUCUUUUUCUCUAAAUUUGAAACGCAUUUCAGUGCCGUUAGCUUAAGCUAAAUGGGAUAAGCUUAUAUCAUCGUCAAAAUAGCCUGUAAUGCAAGAUCAGGCUACAGUUUCCGCCGUUUUUAAAACAAAUUGUCCUUUUUAUUCCUACCAUCUGAAUUGUUCAUUUGACUGAGAACCGCGGUGACCUUUCUCGAUUUCGCCAUUUUGACAAACCUUGCUGGAGAAGUAGAUUGAUAAGGUAUAGAAUUGAUGAUGCGCAAUCACAAUCCGGCGAAAGAGUGCUCUAUUAGGAACUUUAACCAGCAAAUAAACCCUGAAAACGUUUUUUUUCUUUUCAAACGGGUUGUCCCAAAAGAACACUGCGAAACGUUUAACUGCCCGUUUGUUGUGUACUUCCCAAGUCCAGUAAAGCGAGUUCUGGUCGGAGGUCUACUUCACAAAGAGCGAAACAGUUGACUUGACUUUUUUUGUUUUUGCCUGAAGUGGCUAAAAUGUGUCGUUUUUGAAGGUAUUAUUUUUUUUGCUCUUUUUGACAGUUAUGCCUUUCUUGACUGUUCGACCAAUUUCGUUGGUCACGAUGGCACACACAGAAACCGAACUCGGUGUAAACUCUUUUGUUUCAUCCUCGAAGAUUUGCUCAAUUCAGUUAAAUGCUUCAGUGGCAGUCAGUUUUGCAAUUGACUGGAAUGUUGAAGAAGAUCUUUUUUCCACUUACAUUAUUUUGCGAUCAUUUUUCCUGCAUUUUCUACAUAAAAUCAGCUUUUCUUCAAAAAAUCAGAAUAAAAUCAAUUUUAUACUUACAUGAACGGGUUGGAAAGUAAAAUUUGAUAGCAUUUUGUUCUGAAUGAGGGUAUGGGAAGGAUUUUCAGUUGAACAUGCCUAGCGAGCGUAAAAAUCGCAUCCAGUCUAAGGAUUAAUGAGAGAGGGAAAAUUUUAUAUAUUUAGGCAUGACAAAAUGCAAGGGAACAUUUGUACUUAGAAAUAACAUCUCAUAGGCAUAGAAAAAAUGGGUUCAUGCCCUCGCAGCCGACGCAGCCCAAAAUUGACCCAGCCAACCUUAGGUCCCAGAUCUCUCGCCGGGUUGAUCAUUCAUUCCCAGUUUUUGCUCCUCUGGUUUGGCAUGCCGGGCAUGCCGAUGGUGGAGCCACUUGGUUUGGCAUGCCCGGCAUGCCAGGCAAGAAAUUGGCAUGCCCAGCGAGACUGAUUUUGAUGUUCGCUUCAGCAUCAUAUCCUGAGAAUCACAUAUAAUCGCCAAAUAUAUCUUAGGGAGCUUGAAGUUCCAGGUUUCAUGCCUGGCAAUAAAUGCAGAUUAUAACAAAAAAAGUCAUGUUUGUCACAAUGUGUGUCACGGGAUCGACUGGCAAAACUGAAGACAGAAGCCUGGAUUUAGAAAUAAAAAGCACAACAAAACAACAUUAUUCAUGCAUAAAAUAGAAUACUGAACUUGCAAUCAAAGAUCAAUCCUUUUAUUUCAAACCGAUACUGACAUUUCUGGGUCCAGAUUUAAAUUUGAUCGGGGAAAAGCGUCUUAAACAAUAAGAUAACAAAUCUUCUCAGUAUGAACUUAUCCAUGCUUAAGUUUUAUGGCGUCGGAAUGUUUCCUGGCCGACAGCAUUAAAAGACUGGUGAAAAUUAAGCUUACCAGGUCGUUCAAGUCAAUACGAGAGUACGACGUUAAUACUGCAAAGACGUUCGGAUUUGGUGAAUUUGGACUGCCUUCUCAGAGAGAUUUUGCUUAGUUUUUCAGUGCGCUCCUUGUCGGCUAUGCGAAUCUCGCAAACUGUUUUACUCCUUGCUGACGAUAGUCCUUUGAGCAACGUCAUCUGCGUCAUCCGAAGAUACCCCGAGCACGCACGAAAUCGGCCGAAUUUCCGCAGAAGUGUUUUCGGAUGACGAUGAAUCUAGUUUGUUGUAGCGUGGCAGUUGUGGCGUCACGAUGUCGUCAUGUCUCUUCGCACUUGUUUGUCUUUUUUUUCUGCGGUGCAUGGUUGAGAUGUUGGUGAAUGCUGAACAAGAAAUGGAUUCUGCGAGAGACUGUAAGUACAAAUUUAGUAUUAAUUUGGUAAAGAAAAAGCCUGAAUAUUGAACAAAUCCCGUGAAUUAGCCUUUAGGCAUUCAGUUUAUCUUGCUGUUGAGCAUGCCUAAGAACUCCGGCAUAAGUGGUUGUCAUCUCGUUCACUUCGGAUUGUUUCUGUUUGUAUGUCUUGUAAUCUUCUUCUGCUGCUAAGAAGACUAGAGAAAACUUCAAUAAUAAGAAACCAAAGCUAAAAAAAGUCAGAUCUAAUUUUAUAGCUCGAGUAUAAUUAUUUUUGGCACCUACGGUCAUAUUUUUUUCACUGUACUGGUAAAGUUACUUAUUUUUGCUGCAUAGUUUGACUUUUGGAGACAAAAUAUAAUAUCCGUAAAUCAAAUGCCAAAAUCAGAUUUGGAUUUCGCUUUAAAAAAAUGAACAUACCGCGUGUGUCAAUGCAAAGUUGUAAACAACUCAAUAUAAGCAGUCUGUGAAUGUGUGUUUAGGUCCACAAAACUAAUUUUUCUUUUGGACAUCUCAUCCAAGCAAAGACUUAAGGCUUACAUUGCUUGUCUACGAGUGUACUACAAAAUGCUUUGCUACAGUAAGCCUCUGAGAGGCGAUUCUGGUAAAUUUAUAGGACGCUAAAAUGCAAAUAAUUCUAAGCUUAAACAACCUGGCUGGGUCCGACUUUUGAAUUACAAAAUGUUCACGUUUGCCGGCUCUACUUUCAAUGAACAUGGUUUUUGAAAUAAUUUUGUACUAUUUUAUGAUUAAAUUAUGAUUGGGUUAUAAAGCUUUUAAAACGGACGAAAACUAAGCCAAUAAAAAUGUUCAAUGUAAAAAACUAAGAUUUAGUCGCUUUUUCAACUUUGCUUUGUGGGCCGAAAAAUUUACCUUUACGCAAAAACAAAGCAAACAAUGAGGCUUUUAUUCGACAUAUUUUCUGAGAAUUUUAUCUGAUCAAUUUAAUGUCACUAGCAUUAUUUUCGUAUAGGAAUUUUCCUAAUUAUAUGAGCUUUUAAUUUAAUAAUUUUGAUACUCUAUAAACUUCUCAUUUGAUAGCCUCACUUUUUUAUACACCGAUUGAGAAACAAAUUCGCACUCGUUAAAUCCUGUUUUGUGACCUAUUUAUUAGAACACUAGGUAACAUACGAAAUGGUGUAACCGGACAGGCUUUAACCUUUGGUCCUAAUUUAUUUUUUCUUCGCAACCCCUAAUCAGUUGACGGGCCGUGAGAGAAUAUCGCCACAAAAAGAUGCGAAAAAGUUUUCGCUGAGUUUCCUUUACAUAUUCCGGCUUUAUAUGGGUCUACACCUUACCUGCUUAAAAAUGAAACUGUUGUUCAAUUAAGUGUCAGUCAAACUCGGUAUAAUCUUGACUUGCAAAUCCAAAUACAAAGGUUUAUUUCGCAGUAGAAAAGCUUGUAAACAUCAUCGAACAGCACAAUGUAAAUUGGCUAAUGUGAAACCACGUUUCUUUCACUUUAUUUACCAUGCAUUUAUCUCAAUUGCACACUCUUGUGAAAUUAGCCUCAGACAAUUAGUUGCGACCUUUAACAGACUCAACAAGCCAGUAUGAAAAUAUGUUAAGAGAAGCUGAGUCUACAUGUUCUAUUUCUUUUUUUCAUAUUGCGCUUGCAUGUGUUAACAUUCCAUUUCUUUUUUGUUACAGGUAACUUCCAGACAUGACGAGGAGAUAAUUACUUUUCUAGAGAGCAAUUCUUUGAUACUGUCAGUUAUUACUGACUUACUUUGAGUUAAAAACAAAGAACACAGACACUGGUAAUGACACAAAAACAUUAAUCCCUGGCAAGCCUACAAAACAAGAAAGAGGAACUCAGACUUUCUAACAGCUUUUCUAACGUAGGGAAAAUUGCGUUAGAGAGAUUUGUAAUUGCAACGUUAUAUUCAAGCACAUUGCAUUGUCAAACAUCAUAAUUUACUGAAUAAUGAACAAUGAUUUUGGGGCUUAGCUCAGUUUGUAAUGAACUUUGAAAGAUAUUCUAUAACCUUGUAUUUUUAAAAGCUUUCAUGGAACAUAGAUGCAUUUUAUUAUACAGUGAAAAUAGUCUCUGUCUCUCUUUUUACUGAUUUCAGUCAAUUCCAUUUUAUUCGCAAUGUGAAAUGAGAAUCCUAUUAAACACUCAUUAAAAGGGGUGAGGAGUUUUUACAAUCCCCCAACAGGUCAUCUCCACGAUGACGCUGUUUUAUUACUACCGACGAAUCCCUCAGGGUUUUACUUGCUUGUGAAAAUUAGAGCUUUUGUUAUUUAAAGUUCUCUGGGACAACCAAAUCUAUGAAAAUGAGAGGAAUAGCAAUGACGUCAUCGUGUAACCGUACAUCAAAAGAUAAGCACUGUGAUCUGUUUCGUUUUUUUUGUUUUUAGCCAGGCUUAAAAUAUCUGUAGAUUCAAGGAAUUAUAACCUGUGCGUUGAGAGCAUGCCAGAUACCAAUUUUGGCAUGCCCGGCAUGACCCAGAUUAUGGCACGCCCGACAUUCCAGAGAAUUUAGCAUGCCGGGCAUGUCAGAAAAUUUGGCAUGCCCGGCAUGCCGGAGAUUUUGCUGGGUAUGAAUUACUUAUUACUAGAACUUAGGGUUCUCGCGGCCUGGGUGAGAAGGUCACAGAACCUCAAAUUAUGCUUACAGGGCAUGCGAAAUUCUGUUGCAUGCCAAUUUCAAUGCAAAACUACUCUAGGGCCACCCCCUCUAUUACCAGUGAGCAAAUCAUUGACGAUAGGCAUGCGAAAAAUCCAUGCAUGCUAACCAACAACGAAAACAUAGCAGAAAUGUCAUCAAUUGCUGAGUCAUGCCCUAGGGGAGGCUUUAAAAUACAGAAUUUCCUGACAUGGAUGAGGAAAUUUUCCGUAAACAGAAUGUGGGCAUGCCGGAUAGGACGUAUUGCCUCCGUAUUGCCCCUUCUUACAGCUAGCUAGGCUCAUUUUUUAGGUUCCAUGGCCUGAAAUGACGAAAAAUUCAUGCCCUAAAUGUAAAAAGUCCAAAAACGUCCUCGAAAUUUUAGUUUCCAAGCCGUUCAUGGAUAGUUGUCUCCUUAAGCUUUGAGAAAUUUCAAUAACUCAAUCACAGUCUGAAUCGGUUUUUUAGAAAGUGCUUCUUAAUACUGCAAAACACUGCAAUCAGGAUUUUUUUCCCUCUAGUCAGGGCAAUUAACAAAAUAACAUUGCUUUCAGCAUGCUCAUUUGCCUCCUAAAUCAUUGAUGAUCUAAAACUGUAAGUUGUUAACCUACAUGCUAAUUACUUUAAAGAGAACGUAUUUCCAGGUGAGAAGAUAGAUCGGGCAAAAAGUGAUUAUUGUGUAUGCUGGAAAACUAAGAUGUAAAAAAAUAAAAAAAUUAUAUAAAUGAAUAAAUAACAGUAAUCUUUCCAGUUAUAAGUGCAAUAGAAUCGCUGUUGUUGUUGUCGUUAUGAAUGUUACGUACAGUAAGUUUCUUUUUUUAAAGGCUGAAUUUUUGAUGUAUUGUCCUUAGGAAAUUCUAUCUUAAGUGUUCAUUUCCUUUCCAGCUGAGUGUACCUCAGUACGGACAGAUUGACCAUCAGCUAGGUGAAUGAAUACUGAAUAACUUCUCCAUUCCCUGCUUUGUUGACUCCAAAUGUAUAAUAUUCCGGAAGAUGAAUAGUUGUUAAAGUUAUAUUAAUUACAAACCAAGCUUAAUUAGAGACGUUUCAAGCAAGUGCCUUUUUUUUCUGAAAAGUAGUUGAAGUAUGGUCUACACCACACUUGACAACACACUUGACCAAUAAGAAAUUGAAGACAUGUACACGUGCAGCAGUUCCAAGUUUCUAAUAAUGAACGGAUAAAUUGACAUCCAUGUCUCGCUUAGCGAAAAAGCAUUGCGGAAGACGGCAAGCGCAAGCCCUAUGGCGAUUUCUUUGCCAAAAAGUGCGUUGUUCAGCCAUUCUAGUGAAAGACUGAGGAAGACGUCGCUUGUUUUUUGUUUUGUUUUGUUUUUGUUGUUUUGUUCUGUCCCCUCCAAGUACUCGUAAAAAACGAAGCACAUAAGCAUCUCUUUUACAGUUCAAACCCUUAGAGUUAAAAAUAACAAAAAAAUAAAUAGGAAACGGCAAAAAACUCUUUUCCAGAGCAAAGGCCUCUUAGUUUAAGCUUUUGACGCAAUUAGUCACGUUAAAUGAUUUUACUGCGAUAGGUGAUUGACAGCUUGUACUUCAAGUACAUACUUUGUCAACAAGUGUGAAGCCAUGUUCACGAAAAGAGCGGUGUUUGAAUCAAUUUGGUACGUCAGAUUUCGUUCGGUUCGCCAAAGCGUUAAGUUCGACACAGUCUGUCGAACUUUUGUCGAACUUAACUUAGGCUCGAGACACGGUGCUUCUGAACCAGUCCUAAAGUAGUCGAAGAAGGCCGCAGCAAACCAACAAAUUCAUUUAAAUACCGCAAAAUGUUACAUACUAGAGUACUUACCGGCGAAAAUAAAAGUAAUGUUACGCGGCAGUGAUUCUCACUCGUGAGCUUGGGGUACCUUUGGUUAGGGUUUGAUAUUUAGCAAUUAAUGAAUGAGGCUGAGUAGGAAGUGAAGAAUUAAGCAGAUCGAGGAUGGUGUUAUCCACCGAGGCCGAAGGCCUCGAGAUCUGCUUAAUUCUUCAUAUCUUACGAAAGCAGAAUUCAUUAAUUGCUUUAUUAUUCAUUCAAAAUAACUCUUAGUUAAAAAACAUAGCUAAAACCUGCUUACCUGUAUCGACGUUAAGUUCAGGUUCGAUAGUAUACAUUCAGGUUUGUCCAGCUCCGCAAAUAUUCUCCAAAUAGCAGAUGUAGCCCUCAAAGUUGUCUUUUUGCAGUUUUUGCCAUGUUUUUUUAGCUGUUAUUUCGCCUGGCUCCAGCUGUAGUUCUUACUCUUGAAACGAGUGAAAUGUCCGCCAUUUUUCAAGUUCACAACCAAAACAACUCAACCUCGUCCCCAUGUCUUCUCGGUUAACGGUGCAUUAACCUGCAAGAACGCUGCAUUUUUGACGUCAUUUACUCGCUAAACACAAAACUCUUCCAAAUUUGGUUAUCGGUACUGGUUUUGGUGAAUUAAACGUGUGUUUUUAGCCAAUCAGAAUCGGGGAAAUAUUUUGAAUGAAUAAAAAUAAGGUUUAGUUCAAAUUUGGGACGCGACUCAUUCAUAGAUGGCAGCAUUUUUUCCCCAUCUACGAAUUAAAAGGCACCAUAAAAUACAUAACGCGGGUAAGACUCAGGUCACACCCGUUGGCGCAUUAAAUUCGUGGAUGAUCUGACGGUUUUGGAAGCUCUACCUCGCAAUUCGCCAUCCUUAUUGAAUGUAGUAGUUGAUGAUAAUUAA